AUGACUCCGUCGGCCGUUAGCCCCAUCUCUGCCGGCGCGGCUUCCGCCCGCUGUCGCAUCCUCGUCCCCGAAAAGGUCUCGCAGGACGGCCUCGCCCUGCUGACCCCCCACUUCGACGUCCAUCUCAAGCCGGGCCUCACGCCCGACGAGCUCAAGACCAUCAUUCCGGGCUACCACGGCCUCAUUGUCCGAUCCGAGACCACCGUCACGGCCGACGUGCUAAAGGCCGGCAGGAAGCUCAAGGUCGUUGCCCGUGCCGGCGUCGGCGUCGACAACAUUGACGUGCCCGCCGCCACCGGCCAGGGCAUCAUCGUCGUCAACUCGCCCUCGGGCAACAUCCUCAGCGCCGCCGAGCACACGAUAGCCCUCCUCCUCGCCACGGCCCGCAAUGUCGGUCGCGCAGACGCCUCCGUCAAAGACGGCAGGUGGGAACGCAGCAAGCUCGUCGGCGUCGAGGUGGGACGAAAGACUCUUGGCAUUGUAGGCCUGGGCAAGGUCAAGGCCGUCGAUCCCUAUGCCAAUGCAGACAUGGCUCAGCAGGCUGGCGUCGAGCUGGUGCCUGAGCUCAGGGACCUACUUGUCGAUGUCGACUUCCUCACGAUUCACACGCCCCUCAUGGCCACGACCAUGGAUCUGAUUGGCGAGUCCGAGUUGCGCACCAUGAAGAAGACGGCCCGCGUCCUCAAUGUUGCGCGGGGCGGCGUGUACAACGAAGCAGCUCUGCUCAAGGCCCUCGACGAGGGCUGGAUCGCCGGGGCCGGGCUGGAUGUCUUCACGUCGGAGCCGCCAACAGCCGACUCGGCGACGGAGCGGCUUGCCAGGCAUCUCAGGGUCGUGUCGACGCCGCAUCUGGGAGCGUCGACGGUGGAGGCGCAAGAGAAUGUGUCCAUGGACGUGUGCACGCAGGUGCUCGAGAUUCUCCGAGGAGGACCGCCCACGAGCGCCGUCAACGCUCCCAUCAUUUUGCCCGAGGAGUAUCGUAAACUGCAGCCGUCUGUCCAGCUGGUCGAGAAGAUGGGCCGCCUGUACACGCAGCACUUUGUGAAAAGCAAGAGGGGCACGGUUGGCGGCCGCAGGUUCGAGCUGAUCUACCACGGCGACCUCAGCUGCAUGCCCAACACCAAGCCGCUUUACGCCGCUCUGGUCAAGGGGCUGGUGGCUUCCAUCAGCGACUCCAACAUCAACAUUGUCAACGCGGCGCUCAUCGCGCGGGAAAAGGGCAUCGUCAUCAACGAGACGUACGCACGGCAGGCGCAUGAUUCGACGUAUUCGAACCGGGUGACUCUCAGGUCCGUGGCCGAGGGCGACGAAUCGAGCGGCGAGCAGUUGAUAGAGGGCUAUACGUCGGACAAGCACUUCUAUAUCUCGAGGCUCGAUCGCUUCAACGCCGCCUUCAUCCCCCAGGGCACGCUCAUCAUCCUGCACAACUACGACGAGCCGGGCAAGAUUGGAGGGGUUGGCAUGGCGCUGGGGUCGCACGGCAUCAAUAUCCGGUUCAUGCAGGUGGCGAGCCUGGGAGUCGAGUCGACCAAGCCGCAGAUGGAAAACGAGGCGCUGAUGAUUCUGGGCGUCGACGGCGAGGUGGACGAUGACUUGCUGGACGAGCUGAGGAAGGCGGACGGCGUGCUCAAUGUCAGUCUGGUGAGACUCUGA